UUUUUAACCUUUUUUUUAUUCUCUCAUUUCUCGCCACCCCUAUAUCUUCUCUCUUUUCCUCUUACAAAUCCUGUAUAUUAUCUUUUUUCUUUAUAUACACUCUCUGUCACCAUCUGGGUUCUUAUUCAUUUUUCGUCGGGUGUUGGUUUUUUGGUGAUGAUAUGAUGACGAUGGCGGUGAAAGAUGAGUGGAUUCGGGCGGCGAUGAAGGACGUCAACGUGGUGGUGGAAUUACUGGUAAGGCUCAAACAAGCGCAGGCUGCGCCACCGGCUCCGAAAUCUGCGGCGGUUGCACUCAAAUGGGGUAUACGUCAGCCGAGGUCUAAGGCUAUGUCGAUGCGACGCGAGGCCAAGAGACAGGGAGAUUUCAACGUCAGCUCUAGACGUAGCCCCACAACGCCUCUUUCUUGGAGCGGUGGCGGUGGUGCUGCCUCUCCUUCCGCCGCGGACGGCUUUGAAGAGACCAGUAAACAAUUCUCUCGCUCUCCGCCUACCGUACCUUCCAGAUCCAAGGGUACUGCAGUUAAUGAAACCACUAGCACAACUACCAAGAGAUCGAGAAGGAAGAAGACAUUUGCUGAACUUAAGGAAGAGGAGAGUUUACUUUUGAAGGAAAGGGUUAAUUUGGAAAAGGAGAUGGCGUCUAUGCGUGCUACUUGUAAAGAGCAGAGAGCCAGGAAUGAGAACUUGAAAAGAAUAAAGCUUGAUUUGAACUUGCAAAUUGCAAAGAGUGAAGUUGAGGAGGUACCUUCUUGUUUACCCCGUCAGAGAGUACCCUCUACUCUUGACUAUGGUCCCUCGACGGUGCUCUCACAUGCCCUUGAUGAUUUUAAAGCACUGUUAGAUUGUUGCAAUAUAGGGAAAGCUGUACUGCCUGAUCUAAAUAUGAUGCCUGUUGAAGAUGAUUCCGUCACCGAGACUUUGUAUGGCACCACCUGA